AUGCCGCCGACCGAGUACCUCCCGGUUUAUACUAGAGCCGUUACGGCGGGGAUGACCCUCCCCGUUCAUCCUUUCGUAAAGGAUUAUUGCCAUUUUUAUGGCAUUUCCCCCGCUCAACUGGCGCCGAACUUCUGCCAGCAAUCCGGGCUGAGCCAGCAGCCACCGUUGAAUCAACAACCCCCGCCGAGCCAGCAGCCCCCGUCGAAGGGAAAGGAGAAAGCUAGCUCUUCUUCCCACGUGCCGAGGAGCAAGAAGACCAAAGGCCCUUCGGGGUCGAAAAUGGAUCCUACGCGGAAAAAGAGACGCAAGGAAAAAAUGCCGAUGAGCCUGCUAGAUGAUGCCGUCGAGAAGAGGGACGUGGCCGUGGCCAAGCUAGCGAGUUUGGAAGAUGAACUGGCAAAGUUGAAGGCUGAGGUCAAGAAUCUCACGAAGCGGGUAGAUUUGUCCGAUAAAAAGUUAUCUGAAGCAGCUGGGGAAGCGAAGAAGCGUUUUGCUGAGGGGAAGACUAAAGGGAAGAGGGAAGCCGAAGUAGAAGCUACGGCUACCUUCGAUGCUAGGCGCGCUGAGAUUAUUGAGGAGUUCAAGGCUUCUCAGGAGCUCACUGACAUCCAUACCAAGGAUUUUCAGUCUGCAGGUUAA